CGUAGCACGGCAACGCUACGACGUCCAGCGAGACGUCGGUGGGCACGAACACAGCGACAGCGGGGGCGGGGCCGAGUAGAGCGCCGCCGCCCGCUGCCAAGUUCCGCCACGGGCUGCUGCAGCUCAUGAUACACACCAUCGACCCGAUGCACGACGGUGAGUUAGGGAAAGUAGACGAGAAGGCGACGCAGUUACACGCGAUCGCCUCUCUGAAGGUGCUGCUGGAGGCCACGCGGCCUACGGCGGGAGGGGCUGGUGCGGCUGCUGCGCGGCACUCCGCGGCCGCCACGCAGGCCAAGGAGACCCCGCUAGACCUGCCCAAUGGAGGCCUAGCGGACGUCCAGUUAGAUGCUAUAGAAGAGAUAGGAGACUUGGAAGAGGACACGACUCCCCUGGACAUGUCGUGGCCAUCCGGGUUCCGUAAGCGGCUGACGUACCUGUUGGUCGCGCCAAUUGUCUUCCCACUAUGGAUCACCCUCCCGGACACGCGGACUCCGAGAGGGAAGAAUCUGUUCCCUAUAACAUUUAUAGGGUCAAUCGUUUGGAUAGCGUUUUUCUCGUACCUGAUGGUUUGGUGGGCGAACGUGGCCGGUGCCACGGCGCAUGUGCCACCUGAGGUCAUGGGGCUCACGCUGCUCGCCGCGGGCACCUCCGUGCCGGACCUCAUCACGUCUGUGAUAGUAGCCAGGAAGGGCUUCGGGGACAUGGCCGUCUCCAGCUCCGUUGGCAGCAACAUUUUCGAUGUGACCGUUGGGUUACCUCUCCCUUGGCUGCUGUACGGCCUGAUCAACGGGGAGCCAGUCCAAGUGAACUCCCAAGGAAUGGUGUGCAGUAUAGUGCUACUGUUUGCUAUGCUUCUCUUCGUCAUCCUCAGCAUCGCCUGUUUCCGGUGGAAAAUGAACAGAGGACUCGGUUUCACCAUGUUCAUGUUGUAUUUCGUUUUCGUCGCAGUCAGUUUAGGUCUCGAAUACGGAUACUUACACUGCCCUCACGAAUAGAUAGGUAAAUUUAGUGACGUUCAAAACAAUAUGCAAAUAAAUGGGGCACAAAAUAUUAAAUACCUCCAAAAGCGUAUACCAUCGCUGCGUAACUUCUUUUUUAAUUGUUAUGAUAGCAGCUCUUUCUGAUAGUCUGGAAAUAGCUACGAUAAGACAAAGUAAAUGUAGCAGUGAAGACUUCGUCUUAUUGUCGUCACCAAAGACGAUGUUCAGAUUAACUAUGUUAAAAAAAACAGCCGCGUUGCACAAAAUAAAUAAUUAGUUCUUCUUGGUUGUACUUAUAAUUGAAGACUACCUUUUGGGAAACUCCAUGAAGGCAGGUCUUCAAAUUUGUUAAAGAAUCUUUUUAAUAUAUUCUAUAUAAACUUAUAAAAUAUUAUAGUUUUAUUAGUUACAUAGUUGAUUUAGCACAAUGUUAUUAAUUGCUCAAAUGAAUCUAUUGAAUUCUGAUUGCUUCGCUAAUUAGUUGCUUAGGUGAUUUUUAUUACUAUGAGUAUGAUGAGUGCUUUAUUAGAAGCUAAAAUACAAGAUGAGCACUUAUUAAAGGUUAAAUUUAAUAGUGAUUUACUAAAACUGCUGUAAACCGCAACGAUCGAUUUGUGAAUUUGUUAACUUUUUGACAAUGACUUGCAUUAUUAGUGGAAAUUUGAAGAAAUACAAUACACCUGAUCCUAUCGCAGACUUCCUAAAAGUACUGAAUAACCUCUUCUGAUGAGGACUCCGUGUGGACAGAAUAAGUACGUGUGUUAUAAAAAAUUUAUCAAUGUUGAAAAGGGUAUGAGAAUUCUUGUACGAAAUCAUUUUUUAUAUCAACAAAUAUAAAUAUAUAUAUUAUACAUAGCCAUCAAUAGAGACUGUAGUUAAUUAUAUGAAUGUUAGUUGUUCGUUAAAAGCGCUUAUAGCGUUAUUGAAAUUUAGUGUUUUUUUUUUUAUUUGGGAUUACUUCUGAAAUACUAUCGCCUUCUAGAUUUUAUUCUAUAAAGUUGACCCUAAAUCAAGGGUAUUAUAAUUAACUUUACGACGAUAGUGUUUCAAAAGAGUCGCCGAUGUGUUAGUUCGUGUAUGUGUCAGUUGAAAUUAUGUACUUAUGUAAAUAUUACUUCCUUUGUUUGUAUAAAGAAAUAAAUUAUCUUGCGGAUUGUUGAUUGGUCGUGCGACCUUCAGUCCAAAGGCAGAAAAGUUCAUGAUUUGAUUGUAUCAUGAAAUGAAAUUGUUGGUGAUGUUGUGACAGCACUAAAUGCUAGAAUCAAAACUGAUGUAAAUACACGUGUAGAAGGCGUUAAGGACGCCCGAGCGGGGCAGAUGUCGUCACUAUUUGAAACAUCAUCAUUUCCAUAAAAUGUGCCUAAGAGCCCUCGUGGGCUCGUUAACAUUAUUAGCUUCUAUAUUUAGGUAUAUUGUAUCCACUACAUGUCGUUCGCCUUCAUAAUUGUCGAUACGGAUUGAGAAAAGUCCAAAAAUACCCUUUUUGUCCUCAUUUCCAGUUGUAGUGUCAGUAAUAACAUUGGCAAGAUGAACAGUAUCUGUAACCAUUUGUCUUCUAAUUAUUUCCCUGUGAUGAAAUAAACCUGGUCUUUCGUCAAGGGAAAAUUCAAAUAAUUUUGCAAAUAUGUAAAAGAUCGUAUUUACCCAGCCAAGUGACUGUUUUAUUAAAAUUUAUUAAGAAAAUUACCUAACUAACUUUAAAAAAUAAUAGUAAAUCUAAUUAUACAUCAGCACAAACGUAGAAGAACUCGAUAGCGUAAAAGAAAUUAAGCAACUUUUUAAUGGUCGGUCAUUGUCUAGUCACCAAAAACUUAGUAUCUAGAGCUCCUUCAAGCUUCGGAAGGCAUUUUUGCCGUUGGUCCUGACUGUAUCUGCAGUAGUUAGCACCCACCAAUACGCACUGGGCCUGCGUGGUCGAUCACGGUCUAGUAUCCCAAUUCCAUCCAUAGGGAUAGCCUGUGCCCCUGCACUGAAGACAUCAAUAGGUUGGUGAUUAUAGAUAGCAAUACCUAAGCUCAGUAAAUGAAAAUUUUCAGAACUGAUUAUGAUGAUGGCUGAUGUAACUUCAGUAAAAGUCAAAUAGGUACUAAUCCUAUUGAAUCCUUUUAUCAGUUGAUGUAACAUGAGUGAUCUUACUUCGUGUAUCAAAUGACUGGAUUUUAAAUCAGCUAUUGUAUACGCAGUAUAUUCACGUUGUAAAUUGAUCUCUAUCUAUUUUAUUUGCUUUCCAUUACUUGAAGAUUACAUCGGUGUAUUCGUUAAGGUUACUAGAACAAUUUUUAGUAUCAUCACGUUGAAAAAACUUAACAUAUAAAUAAUCCAUGUUUCUACUGAUAAUACAGCUGUUAUGAGCAAGGACUACAAAGGGAAAUAUUACGUACAUAUGUCCCGCUCUAAAAAUACGGUAGUAUACUUUACACUAUACAUAUACUUAAAAACUAUAUCUCGUAAUCCUAUUUCAACUUACUUAUUAUAAUUUCACCCGAUUACUUUCGACUUAAAGACGGGUAUGUUGUUAAUCAUUAGUCUGUCAUAAUUAUAGUCAAUUCUAAAAGAAGUUUAUCUCUCUCUUUCUAUUUAAUGUAAGUUUCUAUUCACUUUAAUCGAUUCCCAGAAAUACGGUUUAUAAACGCGUCUACUUGAAACUUAUCUUUACAUUUGAAGAUCAUAAAAACCGUCCAUGUGUUUUGUUUUAUUUGUUUCCGUUAAUUAAAAGCUUCGCAGGAUUUUUAUAACAUUAUGUUAAUAAACAGGAUUUAAUGAUUAAAAAUGUCAUUAUGUGAAAUAAAAUUAAUAAUUGUAAAUCCAAUUGUUGAUAGCCCACAAAUUUUAUAUUGAUAACCCGCCUAAUCGACAUAGCAAUAAAUAUUCUAGAAUAGAUAGUUAAAUAUUCGUAUUGUUAAGCUUUAACAAAAUUCUUACAAUUGUAUAACGCUCAAACGAUAAAAUACAAAAUAAUAUAUUAUGCCAUAUACGCGAACAACAGUGUGUACAAUAUUAAAAUAUAGAAUUUGAAACAUUUCAUAAACGCACAACGGGAUAAAUAUGUCAGUGAAAUAUACCGUAAAUAUCCCAGUAGGCAACAUUAUUUACCCUUACAUUUAUAUGUGAUAAAUAGCCAAGGAUUUAAAUCUUUAGGUAGUAGCUAUGAAUCACCUUCAUAUUGACAUCAAUGGUUAUAUAAAGAAGGUUUAACACUGGCUCUUAUUUUGCAAAUGUGUCAUGUGCCAUCAAAAACAAUGGUAAUUAUUAUCACUUCUUGAAGAUCGUAUCUAAAGAUUUAAAACUUUGUAAAUUGUUAAAAAUGCAAGUUUUGAAAAUAGAUCAAACCCUGGCAAUGGUUAGCAAUAGAAUUAUGUGUGAUGUUCAACUAUUUAUUUGAACCCAUUAGAAUCCUCUGAUUAGUCACAGAACAUAAAUAGAAAAUUUAAUAUACUUAUUAUAACGGCUGCACAAGCAAGCUACUAUUUACAAAACGAUGGUUUCGAAAAUAAAUAACUACAUAUCGCUAGUUGCUGAACAGUCUGGUAGAUCAUAAUCUGUGAUAAGGGCAUGCUUAUGACGUAAUCAUAAAAUUGUUUAUAGAAGUCAUCUGUCUACAAGUCACAUAGUAUCUGUAUAUUGUAUGAUAAGCUUGGAUUUGAUUAUAGCCUUCUGUAGUUCGCAUAGCGGUGCCACUUUAGAUCAAACAGUUACAUCUUCGACAUUUCUAUAUAUUCAUGUUUUCCUUCCAGAUGUCUUUGUAUUUGUAAAUCUCAGGCUGUGCGAUCUUUAAGUGGCCACUCUUUAAAAGUAAGGAUCGAAAGAUAUUUGCUCCUAUUCAUGUUGUUUUUUCGAAAUUUGGUGAUAUAUUAUACACUUCUUAAUAAAAUCAACUUACGGUGAUUAAGUGAGAUGCGAAUCUAGAAAAAAACAUUUCACUUGCGACAAAAACGACAUUUGUAUGUAUAAUUACGCAAAGCUACGGAAACUGCACUUUGAAAAUACUACUCUAAAAGUCUUAUUAUAUUAAUUAACAUUAUAAAUUAGUGAUUUCUAUACUAUCUCUUGAAUAAUGUAAAAUUAGGUCUUGUAAAUGUGUCAUCCUUCCAUUGUUUUUAAUCGUCGAUUCAAAAUUCGAGUGUACUGAAAUUUCGGUACGAGAGUGGCAGACACACGGUGCACUUUGGACCAUUUGUAUUUGAUACAAACGUUUUGAUGUUUUCUAUGUAUGCAAUUAAUAAUUUAAUUUUGUCAAUUUCAAUAAUUUGUAAAUCGUGUUCUGGUUCACUUGCCACCGUGUGUCUGCGUACUGUGACUGCCAUAUCACUUUGCAUGUUUGCAUGUCAUACGACUUAGUUACAUCAAAAUUGCAUUUGUUCAGUACCAAAUAGCACAAGCCGAGCUAGUUCUCAUCAAAUUCCUAACUUGGUUAGUUUAUAUAAGGGUUGAUAUUACUGAAAUAUUCCGUCGUCAUCGUGAUUGCGAUGUUGACAACACGUAACCUUCGUAAAUUCUCUCGUAGUAUAAGAUUAGGCUUAAAUGCUAUCAUUUAAAAUUAACUUUAAUAAAAAAUGUUUACUAACAAAUUUAAAUAUAACAUGGGGAUGUUUCGCCUGUUUCGGACAAUUAGCCUCUUUACAUCAUCUCGUUGUUGUAACAGAAUCAUUUUCUAUCUCCUGACUAAUAAUUAAAACGUUGCCAAGUCUCAAUUCACUGAUCGUAAAAGAGAUGACUUAUGUUCGAUUGAACAAUUAAAUUAUUUUCAACUUGCAUGUGUCGUAGGAUCAUAUAUGAUAAACCGAAUUUUCUUGAAAAUCUUAGAAAUUUUGAAAAAUAGCGGAUAAUUAGACAAUUGCGAUGGCAUUUCUCAAUUUUACUAAAAAAAGAUAGGAUUUUGGCGAAAACGCGAGUCGCCUCAGUAAGAUUUCGAGAAGAAUUGUUAGCUUAUUAUAAAUACCAUCUCUGAUAGGUAAAAGACUUGAUAUUUUAAAUGUCAAGCUCUCGCUCUCGUUCGCAACAAUCACAAAUAAACAUAUUUGUGAUUCUGGUUUUGUAAGCGAGUUAGCAGUUUUUUGUUAUUUAAUAACUUGGGAAACAUAAAAAGUUCGAAAACAUAUAGAGGUGUGUCUGUAAGUACAGAAUGUAAGAUAUAAUUGAAAUUUGUACAGAAUCAGAAACAGAUUUUGAGGUUAGGUUCGAUAAAGAAAUAUUAGACAUAGAACUAAGAAAGUUUUACACUAAUAGACAGGACGGAAGUACUUAACCAGAAUGGAUUAAAGAACGAAUAAAUAGUGUGAUUGACAGUAAUUACUUCAAUAGAAAGAUUAAACUAUGCGCCAUUGUCAUUUCUAACGUUUAAUAACUCUGUGAUAAUGAUACUCACAGUUAAAAGGUAAAACUAAGAACCAAUCAGAAUAACAGUUGACCAGCGAUCAAAAAACGAGCCAAUCAGAGUAAAGGAUGUUCAAUUUUACUAACUCAAUUAGCGUUUUCGUAGAAAUCCUAUCUAUUUUUAGUAAGGUUGAGAAAUGUUAUCGCUAUUGUCUAAUUAAGUGCGUUAUCAUUUGAUCAAAUCAUCCUACGACAUAUGCAAUUAUGAAAAAAUAAUCUUAAGGAUGGAAUCACCAAAAGUUCUCAUUAAACCCAUUAAUUUUAGAAGAAUAUGCUCAAAUGCAGAAGCAAGUUUAUCGUAAAACAUUCACCACCGCAAACCGGCGAAACAACCUAGUCCAGGUAGAAAUUGUUACUAGUGAUGGUUUUUAUAUAAAAAUUAUAAAGUAAUUAUUGCAGAUAAUAAAAUAAAGAUUAUUGAAAAAUGUAAAGUUUUCACUAAUCUCAACGCAGCAGUUUUUAAUUACGAACACCAUGAGAAUAUUUUUUUCUUAAGUAGGUAUUUCUUUUUGUAACAAAACAGCUUUAAAGACACUGGCUGCGUGAAGAAUAGUGAAAAACAAACGUUUAGUCUUUGAUUUUGUUCAGGGUUGCAAUUUCGAUUUCCUGUGACCUCCGAGUUGUUAAUUAAGAAUAAAUUUUGUACAUCAACGCCAUGUCGUGUAAGAGAAAUGGUGAAACGAAACUGUAACUAUAUGGACCAAUGAGUAGUGGUCCUGAUUUUAGUAGGUCUACUGACGUUUGUAUAGCUCUAUUGUAACUUACUAGCAGUGCUAUUCCUUAAGAACAAACUCAAUUUUCACAGCGGAAUUUGCCGGUGUGAUUUGAAAUUUAUUUAAAAUUCAUGUUCUAUUAUUAAAUCACACCGCGGAUUCCGAAUUGUAAAGUGAGUUUGCCCCUACAGAAUAGCACUGUAGCAGUAGUGUUUUUUUUAAAGAAUACUAAGCCACUGUAGUUAUUGGAAGAACGAAAUCUUUAGAGAAAUGUAGCCGUUCAUCUGAGGCAUUAGAAAUCGAAAUGGCAGCGUAGAUUGUUAAUAGUGAUAUUACAAAAUAAGUAAAAGUAAAAAAAAUGUUAUUGAUUUUAAAAACAAAGUAGAUAAGUUCUAGUGAUUUUCAUCAUGUUGUAACGAGUAAGAAACGGGUGGAGCUCUGACUGGAAUUAUUCGAUGGACUAUUGUGAUUUCAAAUGUUUCAGCAGUAUUAUUAUGACUUUUGUUAGGUUACGUUGCCGAAUUAACGAAAUCUUUGUGAACUUCAAUGAUUUCGAAUCUACUGCUGCAAAUAAUUGUAGUUAUCUUUAUCUGCAUUGUAAGAUAAUUUUUUGUUUCUCUCACCACAAAAGAUGAUGUUUAUUUAGAUGAGUCGUAAAAUAAAUGACUAUAAUUUUACUACCAUUUUUUUAAAUUAAAAAUGCAACCUUGUUUCAUCAAUUAGGUAAAAAAUCUACUGUAGCAUCAUCCUGCAAUAAUAGAAAAAAAUCUGUUCAGUCUGUGGUGAUAAAAAAGGUUUUUUUAAAUUCGGCAAUGCGACAAAACUUUUUUGUGUACUUAAAAAAUUUGCUGUACAUUUAUUGAAUUGUU